AUGAUCAAUUACCCUGCCAGAUCUAUGACCCCUUUUCCUCUUGGUCUUGAUUACUUCAACACAUUCUCCUUGAGGCUUGAAUUACACUUGUCAAGAGCUCACCUUUUAGAAUUCUUUAGUUUAUGGGAUUGUUUUCUUCUUCUUUUAUUUCUCCCUGCUAUGUGUUUCUUGCUAUUAUUUAUUUGCCUUCAUUCACAUUUUUUUGCAAGGAACUCUCCGCCUAUGAGUGAUGGGCUGAGUGAUCGAUUAGAUGACUCUUUUUUCAUACCAAAAAAACAGGCCAGAGGAGUGUGGGUAUACAAUUUACCAGGUUCUUGA